AUCCAGCGAAAGGAUUGGACGAGAUGCACAAAAUUACUUUCCCUGCAAAGCUUUUUUUUCGUUGGAAAAGUUCAUUUGUGCUCAAGGGGGUGAGGGACCACACUUAAUUUUCUAAAUAACACUGCAAUUAGGAACACCAUUAUCUGGAGUCACCGCGACAAAUAUCUCCGCGUUACCCUGCAAACCACAACAAUGCUAGGAAAACAAAAGUACAGCGGAGGACAUGGAUGACUGAAGGGGGAAAUAAUUCGAAGCCUGUUGAACUUGGGAGUCACUUACUCAAAUAAAACCGGUGUUGCCUUCCCGAAGCAAUCCUCUGCAAGACACACAUCGGUCAGUCGUGAAUGUGACCAGUUAACGAGUUUCACAUAUUAUGUAUUUGUUAAGGUACAGCAAGUCGGACACUUCCACUAUUUUAAGUCAUAGUUUCUGAGAAUUGCAAAGGGCUUGAUUUGAAGCAAGGGCUCUAGCCCUUACUUUGUGGGAAGUUCUGAAAUAUCCUAACAUGUGAACAACUUUUUCUAAAAGCAGUUGUCACACACACAAAACAGAAAAAAAAAUUGUACAUACAUGGGAAUAAUGAAUCUCGCUAAGACAAUGCUGAUUGAUUUAGAGAUGUUUUACAAUCUGACUUGGGGGAAGGGGAGGGGGUUCUCAGUGGGGCUUUUAUUUCGGUUCUGGCUCCCCCCCCCCCCCCAUGACUUGCAGCGGUCCGAUUGCAUAGUCUGCAUAUGAGAGACAGCUUGGCGUACGACUGGCUAUGACCACCACUACUUCCGGGUUCCGUCAUUCUCCCGCCGCCGCCGCUCAGCGCUGCCAGCGCAUUAUUACUGACAACACACUCACUCUGUAACCAACCAACCUCCCAACCUGCCACCUCCUCAAUACUUACUGACAGCCACUUAUUCAAACAAACAACAAAAAAAAAGCUACGAAAGAAGCCGAAGCUGCUUUCCACCCACUUUCUCGCUCUUAUUUUUUUGUGUGCUGUUAACUCCUCGUGAACGUUUUUCAUCGCUGUUUUUUUACAGUGAGAUAGCGGUCCAAGACAGCGGAGUUGUUGCAACGGCAGAUCAUCAUUCAUUCAAUACCUUGACAACCCUGCUUUGAUUGACAGCUGGAGUGGCAAAAAGCCAUGAGAGACGACAGUUUUGUUACAAGCGGGCUGUUGACGGGCCGAUCGUAACCUUCAGUAAUUAUUUUUUUCUCUCUGGCUUGACAUUUUUUUUUGCUUCUUCUGGAAAGAAAAAGAGGGAGAGAGAGAGAGAGAGCGGGAGAGAGAGAGAGAGAGAAAAAAAAGGCAAAGUUCCCCUCCUUCCUUGGGCCGCUUUAAACUGCGAUAGUGGAGGAUAAAGCAGAAGUCGGAAACUGGAUUGGAAAAAAAAGGGAUCUCGUUGAGUAUCAGAACUAAAGCGGACUGGGGGAUAUUACAGAGACGGCACAUCCAACAGUGUGGGAGCGCAGACUGAUGGCGCAAAGGUACGAUGAACUUCCUCAUUACGGUGGGAUGGACGGAGUUGGGGUACCGGCGUCCAUGUACGGAGACCCUCACGCCCCCCGGCCGAUCCCUCCAGUCCACCACCUCAACCACGGACCGCCGCUCCACAGCCAGCACUACGGCCCACAUACACCUCAUCCUAAUGUCAUGCCCACAAGCAUGGGCUCUGCUGUCAACGAUGCCCUAAAGAGGGAUAAAGAUGCAAUUUAUGGGCAUCCUUUAUUUCCUCUGUUAGCGCUGGUUUUUGAGAAAUGUGAGUUAGCGACCUGCACUCCACGAGAACCCGGCGUAGCAGGCGGUGACGUCUGCUCGUCUGACUCCUUUAACGAGGACAUAGCAGUAUUCGCAAAGCAGGUCCGCGCAGAAAAACCACUGUUCUCUUCUAAUCCCGAACUGGAUAACUUGAUGAUUCAAGCUAUACAAGUGUUAAGGUUCCACCUAUUGGAGUUAGAAAAGGUUCACGAACUGUGUGAUAACUUCUGCCACCGGUACAUUAGUUGUUUAAAAGGGAAAAUGCCCAUAGACUUAGUCAUCGACGAGCGAGAUGGAAGUUCCAAAUCUGACCACGAAGAGCUGUCCGGAUCAUCGACAAAUCUUGCAGAACAUAAUCCAUCAUCUUGGAACAGGGACCAUGAUGACGCAACAUCAACGCACUCAGCUGGUACACCAGGACCCUCCAGUGGGGGCCAUGCCUCCCAAAGUGGGGACAACAGCAGUGAGCAAGAUAAAUUCGGCCUUCUGCAAAGGAAAAGCCAUCUUUGUCAUCUUCUACUAGGUGACGGGUUAGACAACAGCGUGGCCUCACCGGGCACAGGUGACGAUGAUGAUCCAGACAAGGACAAAAAGCGACAGAAAAAAAGAGGCAUUUUCCCCAAAGUAGCAACAAAUAUCAUGAGAGCGUGGCUCUUCCAGCACCUCACGCAUCCAUACCCAUCAGAGGAGCAGAAGAAACAGUUAGCUCAAGACACAGGACUCACAAUCCUACAAGUAAACAACUGGUUUAUUAAUGCCAGGAGAAGAAUAGUACAACCCAUGAUUGACCAGUCAAAUCGAGCAGGUUUUCUUCUUGAUCCUUCAGUAAGCCAAGGAGCAGCGUACAGUCCAGAGGGUCAACCAAUGGGAAGUUUUGUAUUGGAUGGUCAGCAACAUAUGGGAAUUCGGCCUGCUGGUUUGCAAGGCAUGCCAGGGGACUAUGUAUCUCAGGGUGGUCCUAUGGGUAUGAGUAUGGCGCAGCCAAGUUACACUCCUCCCCAGAUGACCCCACACCCUGCCCAGUUAAGACACGGACCCCCAAUACAUUCCUAUCUCCCAAGUCACCCACAUCACCCGGCCAUGAUGAUGCAUGGAGGACCCCCGCCUCACCCUGGAAUGCCAAUGUCAGCACAAAGCCCCACAAUGUUAAAUCCUGUAGACCCCAGUGUGGGGGGACAGGUAAUGGACAUUCACGCCCAAUAGUAUAAGGGAAAAAAGAGAGAGAAACAAAAAUGUAAGACUUUAUACUUUGAACAGAUGUUGACACUUAAUGGAAUUCCAGAUGAGCUGUGAUUUUGUUUUCACUCAACGCCAGCAGAGGACCAAUGGCAAGGCCAGGCAAAUGUGAAGCCAAAAGCUUUCUUCACGUGAAAUUAACUCCAAUGUAAAGUUCCUCUGGAAAAGGACUGAAAGAUUUAUCACUACUGUAGCAUAAAUAUAGGAACUAAGUUAACUUGUACAUUUCUGUUGAUCACUCUAUUUCUGUUGCUUCCAAUAGUUUUUAGAAAGAAAGUUAUCCUUUUUCCACACUAUGUGUGUUGUUUCCAAAAUGGUUGUCCUCGUACAGCAAAUGGAGCCACGUUUCAGACCAGAUUGCCCAGAUCCAGCCACCUUGCCACAGAGGAAGACGCUAAUAUGAAGAUCUGAGAGACUACCUUGGAUGCAGCCAUAGGCAAAAGGUUUUGAGAAUGCACUAACAUACCUGAUUUUCUCUGGAACAAAUGUGGCCUGUCACAACAAAGCCUACUUGGUCCACCUGAAGGGCUUAUGUCUGAUCAUAUUCUGGUUGACUCUUCUUCAAAGAGCUUGUUGAUGGAAACCUGAAGACAAAUUAGCAGCUUCCUGCUAUGGCUGUGGGCCUCAGGAUUGAGAAAAUGUUGUCACAAAAACAACUAAGAAUGCUCUUGGGCAGACUUUUAUCAAUGAAAUUUCCUUUUGCUGGUCUUGCACCAAAACAGACCUUUUUAAAUGAACUCAAACUGCUUGGAACAAGCAACGAUUUAAAAAAAAAUACUGUAACAUACUUGGUACAGAGAGUUCAGUAUAUUAAUUGUUACAUGUUAGAUAUCUAUGUGUUUACCUCAAUGAGAAAUAACGAAUGUUUUGCUAGUAUCAAAUCUGCUGUGGAAUUGGUAUUGUAUGUCAAUGAAUUCCUUACUUUUAUCAGCACGUGUCACUAGAAGAAAAUGCUGUUUUUCUUGCGAGCUUUGUCAGAUUACAUAAAUACUUGUAUGAGGACUGUGACGUAUGUUUAAAAGGUGUUCAGUCACAAAAUGCCGUAAUAAAUAUUUCAUUUUUA